GCGUCCCCGCCGCCCUCGGCCGCGCCUCGGCUCGGAGGCUCGCCUCGCAGCCGCAGCGGCCCCGCGAGGAGGAGGAGCCGCCGCCGCAGCAUCAAAGAGACCGAAUUCCCGCGGCCUGGGGGGGAGUCAUGCUUUGCGGUCUGUAAUGUCAGCAGAACAGGAGAAGGAUCCCAUUUCGCUGAAGAGAGUUCGAGGUGGUGAUAGUGGACUGGAUGGGUUAGGAGGACCAGGUGUACAACUAGGAAGUCCAGACAAGAAAAAACGCAAGACAAAUACACAGGGGCCUUCUUUUCCUCCAUUGUCUGAGUAUGCUCCACCACCGAAUCCAAACUCUGACCAUCUAGUGGCUGCUAAUCCAUUUGAUGACAACUAUAAUACUAUUUCCUAUAAACCACUGCCUUCAUCAAAUCCGUAUCUUGGCCCUGGUUAUCCUGGCUUUGGAGGCUAUAGCACAUUCAGAAUGCCACCUCACGUUCCUCCAAGAAUGUCUUCCCCAUACUGUGGUCCUUACUCACUCAGGAAUCAGCCACACCCAUUUCCGCAGAAUCCUUUGGGCAUGGGUUUUAAUCGACCUCAUGCUUUUAACUUUGGGCCACAUGAUAAUUCAAGCUUUGGAAAUCCAUCUUAUAAUAAUGCACUAAGUCAGAAUGUUAACAUGCCUAAUCAACAUUUUCGACAAAAUCCUGCUGAAAACUUCAAUCAGAUUCCUCCACAGAAUGCUAACCAAGUGUCUAACCCUGACUUGGCGUCUAACUUUGUCCCUGGAAGUAACUCAAAUUUUACUUCUCCGUUAGAAUCUAAUCAUUCUUUUAUUCCUCCCCCAAACACUUUCAGUCAAGCAAAAGCACCACCCCAAAAACAAGACUUUGGUCAAGGAGCAACCAAAAACACUAAUCAAAAUUCCUCUGCUCAUCCACCUCACUUAAAUAUGGAUGACACAGUGAAUCAGAGUAAUAUUGAAUUAAAAAAUGUUAAUCGAAACAAUGCAGUAAAUCAAGAGAAUAGCCGUUCAAGUACUGCAGAAGCUACAAAUAACAGCCAUGCAAAUGGGACACAGAAUAAGCCACGACAACCUAGAGCUGCCCCAGAUACAUGCACCACUGAAAAAAGCAAUAAAUCCUCUCUCCACCCAAGCCGUCAUGGCCAUUCUUCUUCUGACCCCGUGUAUCCUUGUGGAAUUUGUACAAACGAAGUGAAUGAUGAUCAGGAUGCCAUCUUGUGUGAAGCCUCUUGUCAGAAGUGGUUUCAUCGGAUCUGCACUGGAAUGACUGAAACCGCUUAUGGUCUCCUGACUGCAGAGGCGUCAGCAGUAUGGGGCUGUGAUACCUGUAUGGCUGACAAGGAUGUCCAGUUGAUGCGUACUCGGGAAACUUUUGGUCCACCUGCAGUGGGCAGUGAUGCUUAAUCACCGGCAUUAACUAAAGGGUUUUUUUUUUUUUUCCUAUGUCUUACAGAGGUUCAGUGACACAGGAUUUUAUGUUUUACAUUAUUUUUUUAAAUGCACACACAAAAAGAUUAUUUACCUUUUAGUUUUUAUUAAUAUUCUACUUCAUUAGCAGUGCAAAUUUUGUAUUGUCUUUGCUAUCUUAAAUGAGAAUAAUGUAUAUGGGGGUGCUUUAGAAAGUACUAUACAAAUAAAUGUUAGUUGUUGUUAAUCAUAAAAAAGCCUCUUGAAGCUUCAAAAUGAUAUAUAGCAAAUAUAGGCAAGUUUUGACUUUUUAAAGUUAGAAUCAUUGAAAAAUGUACAUUGCAGAGCUGAACUUUGGCAAUAUUAUAUUAAAUGGUUCAAAAAAUUUUUCAAGGAUCUAUUUGACAUGUUUUCAGAAAAAACUGUGUAGUCAUAACAUGGAAGAAAGCAUACAUUUUAAUGGAUGUUUUAAAAAAUAAUAGAUAUGUUACCAGAUUUCUUCCCACUAGGGUCCUUGAAAUUAGUGACGUUCCUAUUUUCAAGUCAGUCUUUUCAAGAUAUCUGUUUGUACAGAUAUGAGACAGAUGUUAGCCUAUAGUAGAUGCUCAGUAUUUGUUGAUUAACUUGUGGAUUGUACCACAUGAAAUUGCUAAUAUUAUUAGAUCAGUUGAAAAAUGACUACAGUUAGUAGAGUUGAAGUAUGUUUCUAGUUGUGCUGUUUAGAAUUAUAAUAGUGUUAAGCUCUUCAUUCUGUUUCCUUUGAUUAUUGAGUUGUUUUGUUAUUGUUUUCCAGAGAAAUAGUAUCCUCGGAAGAAUUGCAAAUACUUCUUUUAAUAUGAUUUCAAGCCAGGACAUAACUGCAAAUGACAUAGGUGGAAACAUCAAGUUGGCCUUAGAAGGCUCAGCUGGUGAAAGAACUGCUUGCUCAGUGGUGGUUUGGAAAGUCUUGUUCUGGGGAUCUGGAUUCAAAGACAAGCCUCAGGGGAGAUCAGAAUCCAUUUUGAGCAAAGACCACUUAAGAGCCAAGGUGAAAGCUAACUUACAAAUGACAAUUUCAAGGCCUUGAAGUAGACAGGAGUUUCUAUUGUGACUGGGGAAAGUGUAAAGAUGAACCCAAGAACAUCCUCCUGGGAGAUGAUCAGGAACGGAGACAGUCAGGUGUACUGUUAAGAUUCAAAACUUCAGUGGAAACCUGUUUUUAGAGCGGAUCAUGACCUGUGACCAAAAAAACCCCCCAAAAACCUACAAAAAACAACCCCCCCAACAAGAUACUGUAUGACAGUUGAUAGUAGUUCAUACGAUGGUUGGAUGUUGGUGAAGCUCCCAGACUUGCACCAUCAUUAUCAUUGUGACCAAAAAAGUUCUGAAGUCCACGUGGUGAUCUGCGAAAGAAGAAUUAAUCACUACUGUUUAAACCCUAUUGAAACAGCAGCGGCAGCAUAUCACCAAGAAACUAAAAUUGUGUGUGAAAAUUUUGAUUAAAAAAACAUCCUUUGGUUAAUAAACAUGAGCCCACACUUUUACAUGACAGCACUUGACGUCACACGUCACAAGCCACUAAAGCAAAGUUAAUUGAAUUGGGAUAUUAAAUUUUGUCAUGUCCAUUAUAGUCACCAGACCUUUACCCAGCGAACUACCAUCUUUUUCAUCAUUUGAAGCUUUUUUUAAGAAACAACAUGUUCUCCAAUUAAGAAGCAGUAAUUGGAGGGAUAUGAACAAUUUAUAUAGCUGAAGAAAUGACAAAUUUUAUAAAAAUAUUUAAUAUCCUACUAGAAGAAAAUUAUUAAUGCUCAUGAUGCAUAUUUUGAUUGAAUAAAACUUAUUUUUUUAAAUACAGUGUUUUAAUUUUGACCUACAAAAACAGCAAUUUCAUAUGGUACAAGGUAGUAGAAGGUUUUCUCCAUUUACCUGUGACUAGUUAGAGGUGAGUACAAAAUAUUUUCAAUAUAGUUGUAAAUUAUAUAUCUUUACAAUUUUAGGAAAUGAAGUGAUAGGAACUCUAAUACUAGGUACUCCUUGGUGUGACAACUUUACCAAUUGAAGCAGAUUAAAAUGCAGUAUUUUUGGUUGACUCUAACAUUUGAUGUGUUCAGUAGCAUACUUGAAUAUCCCAUUUUGCUUACUUUAUACUAGAAAUACACGAUUUUCUAAAUGUUUAAGGACCUAGUUAUGUUGUUCUUGAAAUCCUAGUGAGUGCUGAUUUUGAAGAAAUGAUGCGCUGCAUGCUGUAAGCCCAGUCCUAGCAUCAGAUCAUGGUUUUUAUGACAUAGUUUAGAUAGAUAUUGAGUAGAACCUUCCAGUGUCCUCAGGAGUUAACAUUUUACAUGGUAGGUACUUGAGUUGUACUUAAUGUUAAAAUUGAUUAUGCAAUUUCUUAAGCCAUCUGUUGCUUACAGUUUCAGUAGUUGUUUUGUGAAAGUGAAGUAACCUCUCCCAAGCUAGUCUAAAGGUACUUGAUUUGUAAUGUGAUUCUUUUCCAUUUCCAAAUAGUUGUUUUUAAAAACUUACAAGUGAAUUUUUAUUCAAGUAUUUAGAUCUUCAGAGCACCUUAUUUAAGUCUGUAAAUAUUCAAGAAAAAACCCGUGGUUGACUGACAGUGAGUCAUAGGCAAACUAUAAUCAUAGUUUGUGAAUAUUUUCAUGUAUUCAAAUUACUUUUCUUAACUAGUUCCACAUUUGUGUCUAUAUGACACUAAGUCAAAAAUUAGAUGGUUUUUGAUAGGAAAAGUGAUGAAGUAUAAGAAUGUCCAAUUUGACCCAAAGAAGGCUAUUAAUACAAAUUGAUACAGCUUUGUUAGGACAAGUGAUAAGCUGCCCUAAACAUUUUCAAAUAUCUAGUAUUGGAAAGAAAUGUACAUAGGUGGAAUAAUCUUCCAGUCGCGUUGCACCUUUUCUUAUGUAAUCCUUUUCCUUCACUGAAAGACCUCAUCCCACAUGCACACAUGCACACAAAGACACACACACACACACACAACUGAGCAGGAAAUCGUGAUUUCUCCUAUAUUCUCAAGUUUUGUCUUAAGUUCAGACUGGCUAACUCUCAGCAGCUAGGCUCUCUCACAACAGCUAGGUUGCUGAUAGUUUUAAAGCAUCAGUUCCUUUCCCAGAACUUGCUUUAUUCAUUUCACGAGAGAAUUCCUAGUCUACUUACUUCUGGAUGCUACUGGACUCAGUAAUGCUGAAACAGUUAAGCUUGUAAAAGAAAAAUUAUUCUUCAGAUAGAGUGCUUAGAAUUAGUUUUGUGAUCGGUGUUUUCCUUUGGUGUGAAAUACUUUUAGAGUACUGCUAACAUGAUUCUUGUUAUCCAAAUUAGAAGAUUAUGUACAUAAAGCAAGAUUUUCUUGCAGUAGGGCUUAUUCUUAGUAGAUUAACACAAGAUAAAGAUUUUUUUUUAAGACUUCCAAGUCUGGGGCUCCUGGGUGGCUCAGUCGUUAAGCUUCUGCCUUCGGCUCAGGUCAUUAUCCCAGGGUCCUGGAAUCAAG